CCCCUCCCUCCUAACCCUGCCCCUCCCAUUGCAGCGGUGAAGGCCUACGACGGGACCUGCCCGCUGUGGCCAGGGUGUCGACCAUGCCUCCCCAGGAGGGAUCGUUGCCCGUUUCCUUUUGGGAAAAAGCCACUUUUCAGAGCGUCUUGCUGUUCCUGGUCGCCUUCCUGCUGUUCGUGGAUCUCAGGAAGAGACGGCGGCCCGAAGGCUACCCCCCGGGACCCUUCCGUCUGCCCUUCUUGGGGAACAUCUUCCACUUGAACUUACAGAUGCCUACGGGCCACCUCCAAAAGCUUGUGGGGAAAUAUGGGAACCUGUUCAGCUUGGAAUUUGGAAAGAUGAGAUUCGUGUUGGUCACGGGGAUGAAGCAGAUCAAAGAGGUCCUCGCCCGACAGGAUGAAAACCUGGACAAUCGCCCCGAGUUUCCCAUUCGAAAUGAGAUCUUCCCUAAAGCGUCCGGGCUCCUGAUGUCCAACGGCCCAGUGUGGAAACAACACCGGCGCUUCACGUUGAUGACCCUGAGGAACUUGGGUUUAGGCAAGAGGAGCCUGCAGGAGCGGAUCCAGGAGGAGGCCUCGUUCCUCGUCCAAGAGAUGGAGGAGGAAAGAGGAGAAGCUUUCGACCCCCACUUCAAGAUCAACAACGCCGUCUCCAACAUCAUCUGCGGUGUCACCUUCGGCGAGCGCUUUGACUACUUCGACCCACAUUUCCAGGAGCUGCUGCGUCUGCUAGAUUCCAUCAUCGGCCUGGAGGCCCGUAUUUGGGGCCAGCUGUUCAACGCGUUUCCGUCCAUUAUGAGGUGGCUGCCCGGGCCCCACAGGGAGAUUUUCAGAAAGUGGUCCAAGCUGAAGGCGUUCACGUCGGACAUGAUCCGACGGCACCGGGAGGAUCGGAACCCGGAUGAGCCCAGGGAUUUCAUCGACGCUUACCUGGGCGAGAUGGCCAAGGAGAAGGACGCGGCCGGCUCCUAUUUGAACGAGGACAACCUGAUGACCUCCACGUUGGACCUGUUCCUGGCCGGGACGGAGACCAGUUCCACGGCCCUGCGCUGGGCUUUGCUCCACAUGGCGCUGAACCCCGAGAUCCAAGAGACGGCGCAGGCCGAGAUCGACGGCGUCGUGGGCCGGUCGCGGCCGCCCACGAUGGACGACAGGGAGAGCAUGCCCUACACCUGUGCCGUCAUCAACGAGGUCCUGAGGAUGGGCAACAUCGUCCCCCUGAACGUGCCGAGGGAGACCGGGGCCCACACCACCGUGGGGGGCUACCACCUGCCCAAGGGGACCGUCGUCGUGACCAACCUGACGGCCCUCCACCGGGACCCGGCCGAGUGGGAGACCCCAGACAAGUUCAAUCCUCAGCACUUCCUGGACAACGGCCAGCUGAAGAAAAAGGAGUCCUUCCUGCCCUUUUCCAUGGGAAAGCGCAUGUGUCUGGGAGAGCAGCUGGCCAGGACGGAACUGUUCAUCUUCUUCACCUGUCUCCUCCGCAACUUCACCUUCCGCGCCCCCGAGGGUGUGACGCUCAGCCUCCGAGCCAGAAACGGAAUCACGCUCUCCCCAUUCCCCUACCGCAUCUGUGCCGUGCCCCGCUAGGGCCGGGCUUCCCUCUCCCCUCGGCGCUCAGUGCGUUGCGUCUCAUGGGCGCUCAAUAAACGGCCCCGCCGCUCCUGCGUCUCUGUGAUAGCCAACGAGGCCUAGGCCGGUCGACCGAUCGAUGGCGUGGGGACGAUGGACUCAGGGGACCCGGAUCCCUGCCCUCGGGGGGCUUUCGGGGCUAGCGGGGAGGACUGUGAGCCCACUGUUGGGUA